AUGCUUUUAUAUCAUUCUUCUACUUCGUCGUCAUCUUCGUCGUUGUAUAAUGGGAAUGGGGUAUCGCCGCUUGACUUUAUUCCGGUAUCUAAGUACCGAACUCUACACAAUAAGGUCCGAAUUCAUUACAAAGAAGCCGGAGCCAGUAGUGCUCACGAUAAUGGAUCAACAACAGUCUUACUGCUCCACGAGACACCCAGUAGCAGUCACUCUUUCCGCAACUUGCUACCAGCUCUAGCAAGCCGACCCAACGGAUCAUCAUCUUCUUCAAAUCGAUCAGAACAUGAAAGCCCUGCGCUGCACGUGCUCGCUCCGGAUUUGCCUGGGUUUGGUGCAACUGAAACACCUGAGGGUUACACUUUUACAUUUGAUAAAGUUGCUGAGACUCUGGUGCUUUUCCUUGAAGCCUUGGGAGUUUCAUCGUUUGUUGUUUAUGGUGCAGGCGAAUAUGGAACCAUGCUAGCUUUACGGUUGAUGCCUUUCAAGCAGGGCAAGAUUCUUGGAAUGGUGAUUCAAAACGCAUCCAUGUUUUAUGACGACCGCACAAGUACAAGUAUGUUGGACUUGUUUCAAGAUAGUAAACAACAAAACAAUAAUACAAUCUUACAUCUUCCAACAUCACCAACAUCAAGCCAAACUGGCCACUCGCUAAAGUCUUGCUUCAAGGGUAGUCGCAGCAAUAGUUCAUCCAGUUUAGCGUCUGAAAGCAGUAACGGAAGCAGUGCGUUUGGUGAGCCAAUCUCACGCACUCAUUCUCGAGUAUCGUUUAGCGAGGUUGUGAAUGAGUUUACCUAUGACAAGCUCAACAAUUUACUUGUGACUACGACCUACCCUUCUGGGCUAUCAGGAUCUCCCGGCGAGGAGGAAACUCAAACCAUGGUUUUUGAACCGGAGGUUUUGUCCGAAGUGGUUCUCCAAGAGGCUAAGCGAGCAUCGUACUCGCUAGUACCUUUUGAUGAGUUUAAGAAAAUUUAUUUCCCAUCAAACAAGUUUCUUGCGCCAUCAUCAGCUCUACGUCCAGCUGCUGCUUCAUUUUAUUCUUUCUCAUCUGAUGAACCAGCUGUGGUGGAUCCACUCUUGUACACAAUGGAUUAUGCGCUGCUUCAUCAACGCCACGAAACAUUAGGGCACGUGCACGACUCUUUGUAUACAGACUACCUUGCGCUACGAAAGAAACUGCACACAGACGCGUCAGUGUGGUUGCGCACAAACAACAUGCCUAUUUUGGUAUUAUGGGGGAUGGGAGAUGUGCUAACGGUUGGUAAUGAUGAAUCUAUUUGUGAAUCAUACCGGCGCGAUGUGCGCAAUUGCACGGUGGAAAAGUUGGAAAAUGCAGGACAUUUUGCGCUCGAGCUGGCGCUAGAAAAAAUUGUAACAGCAAUGCGAAGGUUUCUCAAGGACAAUAUUAAGGAGCAUGGGUCUAUAUCAGGUUACUAG